AUGUCCGCAACAGAAAACCUUGGUCCGGAUUCAGUAAAACAAGUCGCUCUCGGCACUGUGCCAUAUGAAACCAGCUGUAACGGGCAAGCCGCCCCGCAGUGGAGCACUGAGCGGAAGAACAUUGAGGGUUACGCGGAAGAAUCGUUAGAACUACGCGACUACGCGAGCGUGGAGCGUGAGGAACUACGCGGGCGCGGAGCCUCAUUGACAGUUUCCUCACUGAAUGCAGAGCUCAAGUCUGACUGA